CCUGGCUGAAGCUGGCGGACGAAUCGAAGAUCGUCAUCUGAUCCAGUCGGCGAAUCGCGAAUCACAUGAGCCAAGCGACACUUGCCCAGAACGACUUGUUCGCAGGACUCGUUUACCUGCUUGCAGUUGACAACCCGCUCCCACUCGCUCUUCUGAUUCUUCUAUGGUUGCAACGUGUUGACCACGGGAACAUUCCAAGGAAUACAUCCUUCGACCCCAUGGCGCCUGCAAUCUGCAAGGCAUGUGGCAACGCAACACUUAUUGACGACGACGCCGGACUUGUUUGUGGAAAUUGCGGAGAUGUCGCGGACCCGAAUCAUGUCGUUCUCUCUAUGGACGACUUUGAGGGUCGGACAUUCGGGGGUCCCAAGAUUCUCAAGUCUGGCAGGGGCAGAGUCCUACCUGGUCAGAGCGAACAAGCGAGAGACGCAGCUCAUCACGCCGAAAUGAGGGAAAAGUUGACUCGGCUCGCCGAUACGUUGGGGGUGUCAGACAAGCUCGAGCGGGCUCACAAUCUCUUCAAGAACGCCAUGAACACCGGGAAGUUUCGCUGGGGCCGCACGGCGAGGUUAGUCGCCGGAGCCUGCCUUUCUAUUGCUUUGCGUUUUGACAAUCGUCCCGAAUUGUUCGGGAAUAUCGCUGAUCAGCUCGAGGAGAAGAUCACCACGGUCACUCGCGCAUUUUCGUCUGUCGUGUCUGCUUUGGAGCUUCGAAAGACUGAUGGUAGUGCACCACCUCUUCUUCCAACUUCAUUGCCGCGUUCCUACAUCGCCGAGCUUGGAGUCCAUCUCAGCUCUGCCCUAGCGAACCCCGAAAGCUCUGGAAUCCCUGCCUCUGCUGUCACUUUCCUUCGAACACUGUCUUUGAACAGCAUAUCGGAGACGGCGCGGGCUCUGUCGGAUCUAGUAAUGGAGCGAGAUCUUGCGUCACCUGUUGCUUCUCUACCUGUUCCUGCAACUGCUUGUGCGGUCAUGCUGCUGGCUAUCGAAGCUGAAGCACGGACCCCUUUCUCGAACCUGGGGGAGAUGGCUUCGUUCCUCGGGUCGUUUGUGCGACACAAGGGGCCUCUGAUCAUGGCAAGAUACAAAGUGCUGCAAGAUGAUCUCCUCGGCCGCAUCCAUAAGAUCGAAUGGUUGGACCACUACGAACCAAACAGUGGCAAAUGUGGGCGGGCCAAGGUGCCUCGUCGGAUGGUGGUAGCUCGCGGAAUAAAGACAGUUCUGCAUCGAGAGAAGACUGAGGGCAAUCGUGAAGAUGCUAGCUGUGCACCGCGGCCUCAGAAACGACGCAAGAUCGAGGCAUUGCAGGUUGCGACUUCGUUCUUGGCGAAUCCCCUCGUUGGACCGUUGCCGUCUUCAUUUCUGGUGGCGCCUUCUGGCACUCAGGUGGUGCCUCUCUCGUUGCCGACCUAUCUUCUCACUACCUUCCAUUCGACUCGGGAGAAUCAACUUCCAUCACGCUUGCGGUUGCUGACGAUAGCCCGUGGAGGAGUUGGGCCGGAAGAAGUAGGUGACGAUGAACUGUUUGACACCGGGGAACUGGAGAAGAUCUUUCGGGCCCCUGAUGAAGUGGCCCAAAUGCGGGUUCUUCAUGGCUGGGAUAAAUUGGAUGAAGAACAGAGCCCUCGCAAAGAACCUUCGAGAGCCAAAGUCGGAAACGUGGCAAGGAGAGAUCUCGACGAGCUGGUUCAGUUUGGAUCUGAUGACACUUCGGACCAGGGGUUUAUGGCUGGGGUGCCUCGAGCAUUGAUUGAUCAAGACGACGACGACGACGACGACGCACUUCUACUGCCUAUGCCGGACGAUGACUACGUCGUGGAUUUGAUUGUCGAGGACUAG